GGCCCCGCUCGGAGCAGCUGCUGCUUCCUCCCCAAGUCCCUCGAGGGGCCUGAGUCACGGGCCGCCGCCCAGGGUCGGCGAGAUGGGGGCGGAGGUCUGGACACCUGGGUUCUCCAGAGCAACCGGCAAGGAGCUUGCACUCCUCACCUCACCUCAAGGCAAGCAUGGCCACCAUCCCUGAUUGGAAGCUACAGCUGCUAGCCCGGCGCAGGCAGGAGGAGGCGAUUGUUCGUGGCCGGGAGAAGGCUGAGAGGGAGCGGCUGUCCCAGAUGCCAGCCUGGAAGCGGGGGCUCCUGGAGCGCCGCCGGGCCAAACUUGGUCUGUCUCCUGGGGAGCCUAGCCCUGUGCCUGGGACUGCAGAGGCUGUACCUCCAGACCCAGACGAGCCUGCGGUCCUCCUGGAGGCCAUUGGGCCAGUGCACCAGAACCGAUUCAUUCGGCAGGAACGCCAGCAGCGUCAGAGUGGAGAGCUAUCUGCAGAGAGAAGGUCUGGGCCUUCCGAGACCCGGGAGCCGAAACCUAGCCCUGCGGUGAUGCGGGAUCAGAGCCCCAAAGGAACAGCGUCAAGAGAAGAGCACCUUAGUCCCAGGGAGGCCAGAGAGAGGAGGCUGGGAAUAGGGGGAGCCCGAGAGUCCAGCCCCAGGGCUUCAGAGGCUCUGGACUGGAGGCAGAGUUCAGGAGAGGCAGGAGACUGGAACUCCAGGCUGUCAGAGGCACAGAAAUGGAAGCUGAGACCCAGAGAAACUCCAGAGCAGAGUUUGAGACUGGCGGAGCCUAGAGAACAAAGCCCCAGGAGAAAAGAGGUGGUGGAAAGUAGACUGAGCCCAACAGAGUUUGAAAAAGAGAAGCUGGACCUGACAGAGGCCCAUAAAUGGGGGUCUGACUCCAGAGAGUCUCAGGAACAGAGUUUGGUACAACUGGAAGCAUCAGAGUGGAGGCUGCGUUCAGCAGAAGAAAGAAAAGACUGCUUUGAGGAAUGUGGGAAAAAAGAAGAGAGACCAGUUCCAAGGAUGGCCACACAACUGACUUCAGGGUUGUUAGAGACCCUGACGAGGGAGGCUCCAGAUAGCAGCUGUGGAGGAGUGGACACAGCAGAUCAGAGGCCCAACCCUGUGGAGGAUGACGAGAGGAGCUUGAGGCUGACAGAAGGGUGGAAAUGGACCCUGAACUCUGGAAAGGUUCGAGAAUGGACACUUAGGGUGAUAGAGACUCAAACUCAGAAACCAGACCCUGCAGAGUCUGCUGAGAAGCGUCUUGAGCCUCUUGGUGCAGAGGCUGGAGAAGGGGAGGUUGAGAAGGGGGCGGGGGAUCAGGGCAGGCCUCUGAGCACCCUACAGAACCGCUGCUCUGUGCCCUCCCCCCUCCCACCAGAGGACGCUGGGACUGAAGGCUCUAGACAGCAGGAAGAGGAAGCCGGGGAACAACGGCCCCCAACAGCAGCCCCUCUGUCUCCCCGACCCCCAGCCCCACCUGCCCCCCAGCCCCCUGGGGAUCCCCUCAUGAGUCGUCUGUUCUAUGGGGUGAAGGCAGGGCCAGGGGUGGGGGCCCCACGCCGCAGUGGGCACACCUUCACAGUCAAUCCCCGGCGGUCCAUGCCCCCUGCAGCCCCUGCCACCCCGGCCACCCCAGUCACAGCUGAUGCUGCAGUUCCUGGGGCUGGGAAGAAGCGGUACCCGACUGCCGAGGAGAUCUUGGUGCUGGGGGGCUACCUCCGCCUCAGCCGCAGCUGCCUUGUCAAGGGGUCCCCUGAGAGGCACCACAAACAGCUCAAGAUCUCCUUCAGUGAGACAGCACUGGAGACCACGUACCAAUACCCUUCUGAGAGUUCGGUGCUGGAAGAGCUGGCCCUGGAGCCUGAGGCACCCAGUGCCCUCUGCUCCCCUGCUGCCCAACCCGAAGACGAAGAAGACGAGGAGGAGCUGCAGCCAGAGCUCCAGAGCGGGCUGCGCACCAAGGCUCUGAUCGUGGAUGAGUCUUGCCGGAGGUGACCCUCUUCCAACACAAGGAAAUACCUCCUUUCCAGAACUGGAGAUCCUGGAGACUGGAAGAUUCAGAGCAGACAGAACCUGAAAAGGAGCCUGGCAGGGAAGGGCAACCAACAUCUUCCAACUUGCUUUCCUCACCCUGUUUCUGGGGGGCAGAGCCAACCGCUCAAUUUCCACCGUCACCUAAGGGUGGGAGUGCAUCAAAUGUGCUAGUGCCUCCUAGGUGAUCCAAGAGUGAGCGCCAAGUCCUGGGGAGGAGCUCACAGUUCAUAGGGGGUGGAGAUGGAGCACUCCCUCCAUCUCCAAGGGCUGGGUACACUCUCCUUACAGCUUUCCUUGACUCCCUACCAUCCCUGUAGUGGCAUCCUAUAGUGUAGCCCCCCUGGGGGCUCUCAGGAUUUAAGCACUCAUCUCCCUGGGAGACUUGGAUCCCACUCCAUUUAUAGGCACCUCUCCCUCCUGUUUUUCUUAGGUCACUGUCCCUUUGUUUACAGCUUCUGUCUCCUCUUGGACCACAGCCUGGUUUACAAACCCUACUAUCUCCUAGCCCCACCUGCCAAAGUUCCAGGUUUACAAGCCACACUUACCUGCUGUGUCCAGGUGGAAUCCUCUCCCCUGUCCUCUGCUGUUGCCUCAUUGGAAGUAGCCUGGGGCUGUGGCUUCCUCCACUUUUGCUCAGUAUUACUGUGCCUCAGUUUUCCCCAAGAGGGAAGGCUGGGAAAUCUUAACUUUGUACCCCCAUCUAGUUAUUUAAUUCUGUUCUUCCUAGUGGUUCACAGUUGAAUUGAAUUGCAAGGGUGUCCAGUGACUAACCGGCACCUCAACUCUCCUCCCCCAUUCCUCCUUCCUUACCAAUUGCCUGUUGUUGUUUUUUUAACUUUCUGUAAUACAAUGGAGCUCUCUCCAAUUCUC